AAAAUAGCAUAAGAAUUUUUCUCAUCAACAGUCAAAAAUCUCUUUUUCUGUUAGAAAUUUUAAACCUCACGUUUAAUGUUUUUGAGCUGCUUUCAAGCUGUUAAUAUUCUUGAAUCUAUUCCCUUUCUCUUUCUCAGACUUAAAGACCAUGUUCGUUCGAUGAUCUUUAAACCUCUCUCUAUAUCACUUGUCUGAACCAAGAACACAACAAAAAGUACUUUCUCUCUCUCUCUCUCUUUCUCUCUUUAGCAUUUAAUCCCCAAAAAAAUAAACAACAAAAUGGUUUCAAGAUCUUAUUCAAACCUACUCGAGCUAGCUUCAGGAGACUCACCAACGUUUGGCCGCAUGAACCGACAGAUCCCUCGCAUCAUGGCCAUGGCUGGAAUCAUGUCCAACAUCGACAACGACUCUAAAGAAAAUGCUUCUUCCCCUGAUCUCUCUCCAAAAGACCGUAUCAUCAUCGUAGCCAACGAGUUACCCAUAAGAGCUCAAAGAAAGCCAGAGACUAGUACUAGCACAACUACAACAAGCACUUGUUGUAGCAGCAAAAGCUGGAGCUUUUCUUGGAACGAGAACUCUCUUCUCCUCCAAUUAAAAGACGGUUUAGGAGGACAUGAAGCCACUGAUGUUAUCUACGUAGGUUGCUUGAAAGAAGAGAUUCACCCCAACGAGCAAGAAGAAGUCUACCAACUUCUCCUUGAGAAUUUCAAGUGUGUGCCAACGUUUUUGCCUCUAGAUUUGUACGGAAGAUACUACCAUGGGUUCUGUAAGCAGCAGCUUUGGCCUUUGUUUCAUUACAUGUUACCGCUCUCUCCUGAUCUUGGAGGCAGGUUUGAUCGCUCUCUCUGGCAAGCUUAUGUCUCUGUGAACAAGAUCUUUGCGGAUAGGAUCAUGGAAGUGAUUAACCCUGAGGAUGACUUUGUUUGGGUACAUGAUUACCAUUUGAUGGUGUUGCCUACUUUCUUGAGGAAGAGGUUUAACCGUGUCAAGCUUGGGUUCUUCCUCCAUAGCCCUUUCCCUUCUUCAGAGAUUUACAAGACUUUACCUAUUAGGGAAGAGCUGCUUAGAGCGUUGCUGAACUCUGACUUGAUAGGGUUCCACACUUUUGAUUACGCGAGGCAUUUCUUGUCUUGUUGUAGUAGAAUGCUUGGUCUUACUUAUGAGUCCAAGAGAGGAUACAUUGGUCUUGAGUAUUACGGUAGAACCGUGAGCAUCAAGAUUCUACCUGUCGGUAUCCACAUGGGUCAGCUUCAGUCUGUUCUCAGCUUACCUGAGACGGAAACUAAAGUUAAAGAGCUUAUUGAGGAGUAUAGCAGAAAAGGCAGGACGAUGUUGCUUGGUGUGGAUGACAUGGACAUCUUCAAAGGGAUUAGCUUAAAGCUCUUAGCCAUGGAGCAGAUGCUUACACAACAUCCUGAGUGGCAAGGGAAGGUUGUGUUGGUGCAGAUAGCUAAUCCAGCUAGAGGGAAAGGGAAAGAUGUCAAAGAGAUGCAAGCUGAGACUUACUCAACCGUUAAGAGGAUCAACGAGACGUUUGGGAGACCUGGCUAUGAUCCUAUAGUGUUGAUAGAUGCACCGUUGAAGUUCUAUGAGAGGGUUGCUUAUUAUGUUGUUGCUGAGUGUUGUUUGGUGACAGCUGUAAGGGAUGGGAUGAAUCUUAUACCUUAUGAGUAUAUAGUCUCACGUCAAGGGAAUGAGAAGCUUGACAAGAUUCUAAGUAAUCAUAACAAUCACAAAAGCAUGCUUGUGGUUUCUGAGUUCAUUGGUUGUUCACCAUCGUUAAGUGGAGCUAUUCGUGUUAAUCCAUGGAAUGUUGACGCAGUGGCUGAUGCUAUGGAUAGUGCUCUUGAAGUAGCUGAGCCGGAGAAGCAGCUAAGGCAUGAGAAGCAUUACAAGUAUGUGAGCACACAUGAUGUUGGUUAUUGGGCUCGUAGCUUCCUCCAGGAUCUUGAGAGGAGUUGUAGUGAGCAUGGGAGGAGGAGGUGUUGGGGGAUUGGGUUUGGUCUUAGUUUCAGGGUUGUGGCGUUAGACCAAAGCUUCAGGAAGCUGUCAAUGGAGCACAUAGUGUCGGCUUAUAAGAGGACAAAGACAAGAGCUAUUCUUUUGGACUAUGAUGAUACUUUGAUGCCACAAGGGUCUAUUGAUAAAAGACCUUCAACGAAGUCAAUUGAGAUAUUGAACACGUUGUGUAGGGACAAGAGCAAUCUUGUGUUCAUUGUGAGUGCUAAAAGCAGGGAGACUCUGUCUGAUUGGUUUAGUCCUUGUGAGAAGCUUGGGAUUGCUGCUGAACAUGGCUACUUUCUGAGGCUGAGGAAGGCUGAAGAGUGGGAAGAUUGUAUAGCAGCAGCAGAUUGUACUUGGAAACAGAUUGCAGAGCCCGUGAUGGAGCUUUACACCGAGACAACAGAUGGAUCAACAAUAGAAGACAAGGAGACGGCUCUGGUCUGGAGCUAUGAAGAUGCUGACCCGGAUUUUGGCUCAUGUCAAGCUAAAGAGCUUCUAGAUCAUCUUGAAAGUGUCCUUGCUAAUGAACCUGUAACAGUCAAGAGAGGACAGAACUAUGUUGAGGUCAAGCCACAGGGAGUGAGCAAAGGACUAAUAGCGAGAAGGAUGCUAACGAUGAUGCAAGAAAAAGGAACACCUCCUGAGUUUGUUCUAUGUAUUGGAGAUGACCGGUCUGAUGAAGACAUGUUUGAAGUGAUAUGCAGUUCCACUGAAGGCCCUUCGAUUGCCCCUAGAGCUGAGGUUUUCGCUUGUACCGUUGGUCAGAAGCCUAGCAAGGCCAAGUAUUACCUUGAUGACACUAGUGAGAUUGUUAGGUUAAUGCAUGGUUUGGCUUCUGUUUCAGAACAGUCCAUGUCUGUUUAAACAACUAGUGAAAUCUUUUGUUUGUAUAUUUCCACGAAAAAAUUGUAACGUUGAGACGUAUAUGUACUCUCUGUAAGAGUUUAUGAGUAAUGCUAUAUGUA